AUGUCCCACUACAUCGAAGCCUGUCGCGAUGAUGAGCGCUUCACCGCGCGGCUGGAAGCGGCGACCAAGGAGAUGGGCGGGCUCCUCCUCAAGACGUCACGCACGCGACACGAGCUUGACCGCAUGGCCGCGGAGGUGCACAUGCGAGGGCCGUUGCACUUCUAUCCGUGCAAUAUCGCCGACUGCGUCGAUCUCGCCCCAUCGACUUUCGCCGGUGACCGGCUCGGGCCGCCACAGGUGCGAGAUGAUCUCGCUCGAAACAUGCUGUCCGCUGAGCUCGCCCAGUGGGCCCGCUGGCAUCUUCCGAGCCUUGUUGCCCCGCUCAUCGAGGCCCAGGUGCAGCAGCGGCUGCUAAGCCUGCGCGACAGCGUAGACGAGCUCCGUGUCCGCCAAGCCAAAGUAGAGAAGGCAGCGAAGGACGCCACCGAGAGGGUGCACGUGCACCGAGCAGACAUUCACGCUGACUUUGCGGCCUCGCAGGAAGAGAUGCAGCGCGACCUGGAGGAGCACCAGCGGGGUGUGAAGCGCCAAAUCGCGGCGUGGAGUGAGGAGCUGAGGCAUGUGCGAGAGGACGUGCUAGCACUGGGGCAGCAAAGGGUCAGCGCCAGUGAUCGCCAGGAACAGCGGAUCAGCGGCGCUCUUCAACGCCAGCAGACCCACGUGCAAGAGACGCUUGAGGCCUUGGAGCACGGACUGCAGCGGUGGCGGCGGGCGAUGAGUCGAGCGGUGCAGAAAGAGACGCAGGAGCUGCAUGCGCAGCAUCGCGUGCUCGAGAAUCGCGUGGCACAGGCUCAGGGGAUGUUGACAAGCACAGCAGACAUGGCGGCCCGCUGUACGGCAGAGACGCGGCGUUUGAUGGAGGACGCGAUGUGCCGCAGCAGUGAAGUCCGCGUCUGUCGGCGUGAUGUAAACCGACUUGAGAUGCUCGUACAAUGCUCGUCGCUGCAGACAGCGUUGCUCACGGGUGGUGCCGGCAGCAGUGACUCCAACGAUAGCAGCACAGCGCCAGCUGCUGCCCCCGUAGUGCUGAAUGGGCUCACGCAAGAGAUGGCUCGUUUUUCGGACUCGCUGCACGCGAUGGUGCACCGUGUCGAUGGUCUAGUCCGUCACGUCCGACAGCUUGAGAUGGCGGUUGCGCGUAGCACUGCGGUUAGCAGUGGGCAAGGAACCUAUCACAGCAGCAUGCGAGGGGUGGAUGAGGAGAGCUCGUACGGUCGUAGCUUUGCCUCCACGUCUCGCCCUAGCUGCAGCUACCUUUCGAAGGCCACGGGGCUGCGCGGGCGCUGCGCCUCCGCUGGCGAAGCCCGCGCACCGUCACCGUUGGUGCAGAAUGACAGUAUCGAUGUAGCUCCAAUUCACAACGGCGCCGCCGCAACUAAACCCCGCACCACGAGUGUCACUCUGGUCUCCGCAACGCAGCCGGUCGGCAUGGGGAGCGCACUGGGAGGGGGACAUUACCGCACCGCUGGCCCCGAGGUGCAGCUGACUCUCACCCCUCUCAUGUCUGCUUCGCCGUCGUCCACGACGUAUCACCUACCGGCGUCGCACCUCAGCGGCAGCAGCUUGCGCUUCGAGGAUGAGGCAGGUGAUUCCCAUUCAACGCCGGUGAUUGUUAGCGAUGCGCGCCCGGCACCUGAUGUGGAGGGUGACAGGGUGAUCCUGCGAAGUGCAGCGGCUGGAACCGGUGUGCAGCAACCGCUGGAGCGCCGCGCCACAGCACACGCCACCCCAGCCGAGACCGUCGAAGGCGACACUCAGCUAGGUGGUGUGGCCAAGCUGACGGCAGGAAAGACUGUUGCGCACGGCAUGCCACUCCCUCUCGCUGCGGUGGACGCGUCGCAAAAUGCGAGGCAAGACGUGGCGCCUUCACUGACGCACCAGUACGAUGCUUCUUCUUGGCCCGCCGCCUCUGCGCUUUCCGCAGGCAACGCGGAUGUCACGUAUCUGGUCAAGAGGCCGUCCUCAUUCCUCGCAGGUGGCGAGGCAGUAGCGGUGGCUGAGGAUGUUGCUUUGAAGAGGCAGAGCGGGUCGGACCACGCGGAACGUCCGGUUGUGGCGACGCCGUGUUCGCCGGUGGAUUCGUACCUGAGCGACACACCUGCGGCGGAUCUCUACGAUUCAAAAGCGAACGUUGCGAGUGCGCCCAAGAGCAGCACCCCGGAAAUAGCGCAGUACACACCCGCCCAAGCCAGCGACUCGGAGAGUGAGCGUGACAAUCGCGUCAUCGCACGCUCCGCACUCGACUAG